AUUCACUUCUCUUCAGUGUUCCUUUGUUCGUUUUUUCUCUUUACUCAAACUCUCUUCCAUGGCGACUGCGAUGGUGGCUGAUCCAAACAAGAAGCAACCCCGGCCGGGGCGAGGCGGGUUCGAAGCCCAUGGACUAUCCGAAGAAGAGGCUCGAGUCAGAGCCAUAGCUGAGAUCGUAAGCUCCAUGGUCGACCUCUCUCACAAAGGCGAAAAUGUCGACCUCAACGCACUCAAGUCAGCCGCUUGCCGCAAGUACGGUCUGGCGCGUGCGCCCAAGCUCGUGGAGAUGAUUGCGGCACUUCCUGAUUCGGAGCGCGAGUCGUUGCUCCCCAAGCUCAGGGCCAAGCCGGUUCGAACCGCCUCCGGCAUCGCCGUCGUGGCCGUGAUGUCUAAGCCUCACCGGUGCCCUCACAUCGCCACUACUGGUAAUAUUUGCGUGUACUGCCCUGGUGGACCUGACUCUGACUUCGAGUACAGCACUCAGUCUUAUACUGGCUACGAGCCAACUAGUAUGCGCGCCAUUAGAGCAAGAUACAACCCGUAUGUCCAGGCUAGAAGCAGGAUAGAUCAGUUGAAGCGUUUGGGUCACAGUGUAGAUAAGGUUGAGUUCAUUUUGAUGGGUGGUACGUUUAUGUCACUGCCAGCAGAUUACCGUGAUUAUUUCAUAAGGAAUCUUCACGAUGCUUUGUCGGGACACACCUCUGCGAAUGUAGAAGAGGCCGUGGCUUACUCAGAGCAUGGUGCUACUAAAUGCAUUGGCAUGACAAUCGAAACGAGGCCAGAUUAUUGCCUUGGACCUCACCUGCGCCAAAUGCUUACCUAUGGUUGCACAAGACUGGAGAUUGGAGUACAAAGUACUUAUGAAGAUGUGGCUCGUGACACAAACAGAGGUCAUACAGUUGCUGCUGUGGCCGACUGUUUCUGCUUGGCAAAGGAUGCUGGUUUCAAGGUUGUUGCACACAUGAUGCCUGACCUUCCAAAUGUUGGUGUGGAGAGGGACAUGGAAAGUUUCCGGGAGUUUUUUGAGAGCCCAUCAUUUCGAGCUGAUGGACUUAAAAUCUAUCCUACGCUUGUGAUCCGUGGAACUGGGCUUUAUGAGCUCUGGAAAACUGGCAGGUAUAGAAACUAUCCACCAGAGCAACUCGUGGACAUUGUAGCUAGGAUUCUAGCCUUGGUACCUCCUUGGACACGUGUCUACAGGGUACAGCGGGAUAUUCCCAUGCCUCUAGUUACAUCGGGGGUUGAGAAAGGAAAUCUUCGGGAGCUGGCUUUAGCUAGGAUGGAGGACUUGGGAUUAAAAUGUCGUGAUGUUCGAACAAGAGAGGCUGGAAUCCAAGAUAUCCACCACAAAAUUAAGCCUGAACAAGUUGAGCUAGUACGCCGAGAUUAUGCAGCAAAUGAAGGGUGGGAAACCUUCCUCUCAUAUGAAGACAUACGCCAGGAUAUUCUUGUUGGCCUGCUGCGGCUACGCAAAUGUGGACGAAACACAACUUGUCCUGAACUCAUGGGGAAAUGUUCCAUCGUUCGGGAACUCCAUGUUUAUGGAACUGCUGUUCCGGUUCAUGGGAGGGAUGCAGACAAACUGCAGCAUCAGGGUUAUGGUACUCUUCUGAUGGAGGAGGCCGAGCGGAUUGCUCGCAGGGAGCAUAGGUCGACGAAGAUAGGUGUUAUUUCUGGUGUAGGAACACGGCAUUACUAUAGGAAACUGGGUUAUGAGCUUGAAGGGCCAUACAUGGUGAAACAUUUAGUAUGACAAAAGCUAAAGUGGAACACAGUUUUGCCUCAUCUAUAAUCUGUAACCUUAUAAGAAAGUUAUCUUUUGGCUUUGGAUAUUUAUCUUUUAUAUAUUACCUUUGUGCA